AUGGAAGAUCGAGAAGCGAUUUCCAAGUACUUAGUGGCGAAAAGAGUUGUUCAGGCUCCACCUUCUCUUUAUUACAUUCCAAACUUUAUAACACCAGAAGAAGAAGAGGUCAUCACCUCAUGCAUCGUAAAUGCUCCACAACCAAAAUGGACCGUUCUCUUGAAUCGUCGGCUACAGAACUAUGGUGGCGUCGUGGGAAAGAAGGCACUAAUACCGGCGGAUGAUAUUCCUUUAGAGCUCAGCUAUCUCAUGAAGAAGAUAGACAGCUUGGGUGUUUUCCCGAAUCCAUCAAAUCAUGUUCUAGUCAAUGAGUAUAUCCCUGGGCAAGGAAUAAUGCCACACACAGAUGGGCCAGCCUUUUUCCGCCUUGUCUCAAACGUCACUAUGGGAUCACAUGCACUCCUAGAUUUGUAUAGACCAGUUAACCAAGAGGUUGGUGAGCUUCUUUUAUACGAGAGGUGUUGUGGAUGUUGUUUUUUAUGGCCUUCAGUGAAAAGUUGCUCUGGGCAGGGAGUUAAAAGGCUUCAAUCUUACAAUACCUUCAAGUCAGAAUUAGAAUAA